CCCGCGUUUUUCACUUCAGUUUGUUCUUCAGUUAUUGCUUUAAAAAUUAUCAAAAACAAAAUAUACAAAUAAAAAAUGAAUUGCUUUUUCAAUUCGCUUUCGGAAGGCUGUGUGAAUUUCGAAAAAUGCGGCGAUGUGAUCGUUUCACCGAAGGACAACAUGAUUGGGAUGUUUUGUCAUUUUUGUUCUGAUAUUUAUACAAAUCUGUCCGAGUUUCUUCAUCAUUUGCAAUGGAUGCACAACGAUGUCCUUAAGUUUACCGAAACGUACAAUGUCUAUAGCGUGGAAGAGUUAUUGUCAUCUGCCGACACACAAGUAGAUGUCCAAUCGCAAGCAAAUAGCAGCAGCAGCAGUGAUUCAGGAAUGCCAGCAGAUACUGCAGAUGCCACUGGCACAACCUGCUUGAACAACGGCAUCAGCUGUACCACACAAACCGAUGCAAUAGCGAGCAUCGCACUGAAUCAAAACAUUUUGAGUGCCUUAGCCAGCUAUGAAGUGGAUUACCAAGAAACAAAGGCCAGCAAGAAAACAAAUUCACCGAAAAAUGUUUUGCAGUGGAAUACAGAAGCUGAUAGUUGUUUACCGGUAGCUGAUCCAGUAACAGACGUCAUAGCCGAAGUGGAAGCCAUGCUGUUGAACUAUGAGCCACAAGCUGAUGAGAAAACAGCUCCCAAAAAGGCAAAAUUGCAGGUUGCAGAUGCUUCCGAUCAUAACUUGCAAUUGGAACAAAUGUUUCAAGCAGCUGGCUUGGUAGAUUUUGAGCUUUCCAAACCUGAUCCAGUGGACAUAACUGAAAAGCGGAAUUCAAAGCGUGGAAAACCACCAAUGGAAACCAUAAAACCUAAAGCUGAAAAGACAAAGUUGACUUGCGAUUAUAAGAGCUAUGCCAUAGCCCGGUCUGCCCGCAAGCGAGAGCAACAGCAGCGUAUGCAAAAUAUUAAGAAACGCAUAUUUAGCUCGCUGAAAAACGAUUCGCGUAGGCUACAUCGUGUACCAUUCAAGCCCGCGAACGAAAAUACUCUGAUUGAAGAAGACCUCCUUUUAAGAGCUCAAAGCGUGGCUAAGCAAAAGCAAUCUUUAAUUAAAGAUCAGCUUGUAAAAAUCAACCAACACAAACAAUUGUUGCCCACAAAAAUAAAGUGUAAACUUAACGCUAAGUCAACUCCUUCAGUCCAAGCUGAUGUAAACCGACUUAGAUCUGAUGAGAAGCUCACGAAGGAUUUCGAACUGGCUACACAAUCAAAGCCAAUGAAACCUAAAAGUAAUAAUCCAAUUAAAACGGAACAAAAAACAAGGCACAUCAAUGUGGACCACGAACAGAUCAACAUAUCAAAUCAGCACAGGGAAUCAAGUGCAGCUGUCACAAAGAAACUUGAAGAACUGCCAAAGCUAGAGAUAAACAAAACAUAUUCGCAAAUCCAACUAGGGAAGCUUAUACUAGGAUCUUCAGUAAGCAAAAUCAGCAGCAUAGAUAGGCCGCUUCAGAGAAGAGCUUCAAUAAGCGAAGGUAGUUCGCCAGUUCUAAAGGAAAGGCCAGCCAGGCGACCCUCUUGUUCAGAGCCAAGCAUUCGCAAAAGUGAGCUACAAUUUAAGCUGGAAACUACCGAUAACGAGAACAAAGAGUCUUCAAUUGUUCCAGUUGACACAAAAAGUAACAAAACGGAUCAAAAUAUACCUAACAGACUCUCACUGAAUUUCGAUUUGUCCGAAAGCGUGGUAGAGUUUCUCCAAAGCGACUUGAAAACUUCCUUCGUAGAUGCUGAUAGUUUGCUGGAAUUGGCGGAGGUUAACGAAUUGGAAUCCAGCAGUAAUGCCUCUGAAAAUGUACUUAAAGAAGUUACAAGCGAAAAGCAACAGCAACAGACACAGCUGAGAACUCAUACGGAUCUGACAGCAGAAAUUAAAUUCAACUCUGAAGCUAGGGAACUGCGCACGGAUUCAACUCUCCUAAGAGCAGUAGGCCUGUCCAUUAUAAAGUAUGCAGAUUAUGAGGAACUAAAACCCAUUGAAUUAAUCGAUACUAUUCGAGGAAAGGCAGCUAAAUUUGGCAAUAUGCUGAGAGUAUAUGGUACUGUUUGGAAUCCCAAAAGAUUUAAUGCACAAUGCACACAAAAGAUCCACAAGGAACUGCUCUUGCUCACAGAGGAAAUAAAUACCCAAUUUAAAAUCAAAUUAGAUGUCAGCGAAUUGAAGCGAAUUUUAAAUUUAAUUAAUGCCUGGCAUGCUCAUCAAAUCGAUCUUAAGUUCUUUAAAAAGGUCGCGCUGUCUGUCACAGUGGAUCAUUAUCUGCAGUUGUUCGCUUUUCUGCCCAAGAUAAAUCGCUGUGUGUACUAUUGCGAAUGGUGCGACGAAAGCAGCAGCAACAAAUCUCGCUAUGAGAAACAUCGUCUGACCCAUCUGUCCCGAUACGCCUGUCCACAUUGCCAGCGAGGUUUUAAGAAACAAGGCUAUCUGUUUAAUCAUUUACGCAUAGUACACGGCCGGGAUCAUUAGAGUUGUUCCAUAUACUAAACUGAGUAUUAAGUUUUCUAAUACUAGUUAAAUCUUAAUUUUUAUAUUUUUUAACAUAACUUGUAAUCUGUUUUGGAUUUAAUUAUAUAUCUAGUCUUUAAUUUCUAUAUCAAUGC